AUGUCACUAUUCGAACACUUCACCUUCAAAUGGCUCCGCUGGCGCCGCCCAACCGGGCCCCUCCAGUCCCUCCCGGACGGCGUCGACCGAUUGUUCGUCGAAACCCCCGGUGGCAACAUCGAGGUGCUUUAUGCCCGCCCAACAUCGCCGCUUCCCGACCCCGACGCCCCACCCCUCUUCUUUGUCCACGGCGGCAUGGGCGGCGCCUGGGUCUGGCUGGAGUACAUGCAGUUCUUCGCGGCCCGCGGGAUCCCCUGCUACGCCGUCUCCAUGCGCGGCCAUGGCGGCAGUUACUACCCGUCGUACCUGCGCAUGGUGUACGCGACGACCAAGCGCAUGCUCGCCGAUGAUGUGCUGGCCGGGCUGCGCUGGGUGCAGGAGCGCGAGGGCGGUAGGGAGGUUGUGCUUGUCGGGCACUCGAGCGGCGGCGGGUUGGCGCAGUUUAUCUUGUCGGAAAAGGAGGCGAGGGUGAGGGCUCUCGUGCUGGUGGCGGCGGUACCUGGCUUUGGGUCCGAUCGCGUCUACCAGAACUGGAAGAAUCUGGAUCCUUGGUUCAUCCCAAGGAUGAUAUUCCACCUCUGGCACCCCAACUCGCCGCUAUCCCACCCGGCACUGACACGGAGAGCAUUCUUCAGCAAUGAGCAGACUGAUGAUUACGUUGAGGCAUUCCAGGACAGGGCUAGCCCUUACGAAAGCUUGGUCUGGGCGUUGGGCAUGACCAAGCCCUUCAUAAACCAGCGGAAUGUGCUCUCACAGCUCAGCGGCUGGGGCAGCGGUCAGAGGGUUCUGGUUCUGAGUGGCAAGUUGGACAAGAUAAUGACGCUACCCAUCAUGGAAGACCUCGCGCGCACGUAUCGUACGACCUCGAGCAGCAUGAUUCAACAGAAACAGCUGCAGGGUGAGGAUGUCGAGGUCAUUCCCCUGUCCGGGGAGGGAGGUCAGGACAACAAUGGUCAUGGUGUGAGGUAUUGCGUCGUCCCGAAAGCCGGGCAUCACCUACAAAACGAUGUGACCUGGGAGGUUGGUGCGAGAAAGCUGUUGGCUUUCUAUGGGCAACUGUGA